AUGGCUCCACCGCAAAGAAAGAGGAAUAACAGCAGUAUGCCUUCCCAAGAGGGAGAAGAGCACAUUGAUUCUAUUUCCAGGCAUGAAGAGCAACAAGAUCAGGAAGAAAGGCAAGAGGAGGAGGAAAUCACUCCUGCAGACUUGGCACACAUUCUCAGUGCUUUCGGUAGGACUCAAAAGGAAAUGGUUGAUACCAUGAAACAAUUGGUCAACUCAAUCUCAGCAACAAAACAGCUUGAGCAACCAAAUGAUGCAGAGCGACCACAGAAGGUGUCCCAUGAGGACUCUGCUGCAAAAGCAUCAGACAAUCAGAAGGCACCUUCUUUUGUUACCCAAGACGAUGUUGUUGCCAUGCUGGAAAAAGAAUUGCGUCGUGGCUCUGAAGACUGGAAGUAUGCUCCUCAACCCCCUUAUCCUUCAAGCAUAAUGCAUUUGUCUUAUCCCAAAAAUUAUGAAACACCCACCUUUACUCUUUUCGAUGGGAGAAAAGGCAGCCCAAAAGAGCAUAUUAGUCAAUUUAUCAAUGCUCUCGGCCCUCAUGCUAGCAAUCAUAAUCUCAGGCUGAGGGAAUUUUCCAAAACCCUCACUGAUCGUGCAUAUACUUGGUACACCACCCUAGCUCCUGGUUCCAUUAGAAAUUGGGACGAAAUUGCAGGCAAGUUCUGUAGAAAAUAUUUCCAAUAUGAGGAAAGGGUGACCAUUGCACAACUGAACAACACUCGUCAAAGGACGGGAGAAAACCUGGUGGAUUUUGUUUGUCACUUUCAUGAUUUAGCUUUGGAUUGCUAUGAUGAAAAGGAUGAAGAGUCAUUGGUGGAAAUCUCCAAAUAG